UGUUUCGUUAUAUUAUAUUUCAUUAUAUUAUGCGUUACAAUUGAAGUUUUAGUUUAUUCGAAUCAUUAAGUAUCUUUUAAAUAUAAUCUCGUGAAUAUAUGAUUUGGUUAAAUGGUCUUAUCUCACGUUCGACAGUGUUUCUCCAUUGAUUUAGAUUCAAAAGCUGUGGAGAUUAAAGGAACUCGUUCCUUAAAACGUGCUGUCGAGCACGAUUCAUCAAGUGAUGAAGAAGACGGUAAAGAUGCAUUAAAAAAAUUAAAGCAGGGUGUUGAUAUGAAAACUACAACAUCACAUAGUAAAGGGCUUACCAUAAAACUAAAACAACCUGCUCCUAAAAAAACUGAUCCUAAACCAGAAUUGGUUAAAAAAGCAUCUGUAUUUGGUGAAAGUAGUGACAGCGAUGAAGCAGAAGAAAUGCCUCCAGAAGCAAGGAUGAGAAUGAAAAAUAUUGGAAGGGAUACACAGACAUCUGCUGGUCCCAACUCGUUUGGAAAAACGCGACAAGGUUUUUGUGAUUCCAAAAAAGUAUUUGAACGCCAAAUGAAAAAAGUAAUUGAAGAAAACUCAAGUGAAUAAUAUUAAUGUAUCAUUUUUAUGAAUAAAACGCACUUGUCUUUUC